UUUGCAACACAUUUUACAAAAUAAUACUUUUUUUCGUUUUGAUGCCGGUUGCCAUGCUGUGGUGAAAGAGUUAAUGAAACCACGAUAAAAUUUCCAUUAAAAGGAGCAGCACUACAAGUGCUUUUUUUUAGUGUGAAGGGAUGCUGGAACAGAGAUAAUUCUCUGUGACAAUGGCUGAGAACGGAACUCCUGCUGAGGAGUAUCAUCCUCAACGGACCCCAUCUCCUCGUGGGCAGUCUCCACCCACUGCAACAACAUCCGCAUGUACAAUAAAUAAAAAACUGUUGCCUGUCAAGAGCUACUACUUCAUGAUUAUGUCAGCUGUAGGAGAUUUGCUGCCCUUCAUUGCCCUGCACAUGCGUGCAUUAGGAUUGUCACCUAAAGAGACAGGCAUCAUUUAUGGGGUCAUGCCCUUUGUCGGGUUCUUCAUGCGACCCAUCAUAGGAGCUGUGGCUGAUAAACUAAAGAAACACAAAGCUGUUCUGAUUUUGGCGACCAUUUUUACAGGUGUCUUCUACUUUCUGCUACUGUUUGUUCCUUUCCGUCCUGCUGUACCCAGUGUUUCCAUCAGCACGACACUGCACUGUAACUCCCAAGAUUCGUUUCUUCAUGACUGCGAUGAUGGCCGCUCCCAGGACUCGUGCCAAGCAGGACUGAAUUUCUUGAACUCGUCCAUCUCGGACAGGGAGAAUGAAUCCAUCUCAUGUUCGCUGUGGUGUAGAACUGGAGCUGAUCUGUCAAAGUCACUGUUCACGGCUUGCUUCAAUGAUACAGGACCUCACAAUGGCAGCCGUCGCUGCAGUGAGAAGCUCACCUUCAGUAGCCAUUUGAAUUUUACUGUCAAUGACAUCCAUUCACUCGUUGCCCCAGAUAGAUACCUGAACGGCUCUGACUCCUGCCGUGAUUAUGACCUAAGAAAUAUCUCGUCGAUAAACAACUCUACACAUGAAGGUCGACGAAUUCUUUGUGACCGAGAAAUGUCUUUUGAGUGUGAGGUCACGUGUUCAGAGACUUUUCAAUGCAAUCAAAAGAGGGCAUCAUUUGACAGAACUUUCAUAGCGAUUUUCUUCAUCUUUUUGAUGGCCAAUAUUGUUUUUGCACCUAUUUUCCCUAUUAUGGACGCUGCUGCAUAUGACAUUCUGGGCGAGGAGAAAAGACAUUUGUGGGGGAAACAGAGAGCGUGGGGCACCUUAGGAUUUGCCAUAUGGGCUGUUUCCGCGACUUUCAUCUUGCACAUGCAGGGUGACCAGGACAGCGAAUACUCUGUGCUGUUUUACUUAUUCCUGCCUCUCUGUGUCUUAUCAGCUAUCGUCGCUGGAUUUCUAGAGAUGUCUUCUGAUAUCAUAUGUGGCCAGUUUUUAAAAAAUGUGCGCAAUUUGUUGAGCCAUGCAGAAGUCCUAGCUUUCCUUACUGUAGUCAUGUUCUUUGGUAUGCUGCUGGGUGGACUGGAGGCUUUCCUGUUCUGGUAUCUCUUAAGUCUGGGAAGUCCAAAGUUGGUCUUUGGCUUUAUCCUGGUGGUCAACUGCUGCUCAGAGCUGCCCAUGUUGUGGGUAGCUGGGAUGAUCAUCGAGAAAAUCGGCCUGGUGUCCUGCUUGUACCUGGCCCUGCUGUGCUAUGCCGUGCGCCUGCUGGUCUACUCCGUUCUCUCCAACCCCUGGCUGGUGCUGCUGGUGGAGCCCACUCACGGAGUCACUGUGGCCCUCAUGUACGCUGCUGCUUCCUCCUACGCCAGCAUCAUCGCUCCUCCAGGAAUGUCGGCCACCAUACAGGGCCUGCUGGCUGGGCUACAGUUCGGAUUUGGCAAAGGUAUCGGGAGCCUCAUCACGGGCUACAUGUUUGAGAACAUUGGACCAAGGUGGACAUGGAGGACCUUCUCCAUAACCUGUGUUGUCCUUCUGGUCAUCUACGUCAUUCUCAAUUUGUUCGUGUUCAAGUCCCACUCACCUGCAGGCCGUGGGUCAGCGGAAGGGGAUGAGCCAGCAACAGAACAGGCCAGGCAGGAAGAGACUUUGAUGAAUAACUCAGCUCCAUCGGCUGUGGAGGGUGUGCAGGAUACAGUCGCGUGAAAGGCUUUCUUUGUUCCUGAGGACUUCAGUACCAGUUGAGAUUUGGUGUUAUGUAAUAUUAAAGGAAAUACUCUUGUUACUAAACUGCCUCAAGAUUGCUGGAAGUAGGAAAUGAGAUCUGUAGCGUUGUUAUGGAAACGGGUCAAAUGUGGAGGGGUUUUCAAUACUGGGAAGUGUCCUGAAUGUGUCAAGAUGUUCCCUUAUUCAAGACUAUUGUCACUCAAAAGUUAUUGUUGUCAGUCUUGUUAUAUCGUAUUUUUCCCCCUUAUGUUCCUAUGUUAGAACACACAAACACAUCCCCCCCUCCCUCCCCCAAAGGUGCAUCUGAAAUCCAACUGUAUAAGCAGGUAAUAUUAUCAGUUCAAACUUUUAUGUCGUACAGGAACAUUCUUUGUACUUGUACACAUAUUUUCUGUGCCAAAUUGAUACUGUGAAAAAAAAAAGGAUUAGUGUGGUACCCAUAGGAGUAGAAUUUGUGUUUCUACUUUCAAACUGCCAAUAAAUGUGUGCCUCAUUAUUUGAACACACAUUUGCAUUUUGACUGACAGAAUUAGAAUGUUCACAGUGAAGUGAAUGUAUUCUUUUAGUAUUCAGGUUAACCACUCGCUUUUCAUUUUUAUUACCACCGAACCUUUCAUGAGGCAAAUCCUUUUUCCGGUUAUAUAUGAUGAAUUUAAUUUAUUUAGUGCUUGUCCCUGUCUGGCUUACAGCGCUCAUUACAUGGCUCAAGUCAGUUGUACCAUCUGAAGCAGAAAUAUUUGUUUCACUAGUAGUGCUUUGUAUAUGACAGGGUUAAUUCUGAUUCAAGUUGAAUAAUACCAUUAGCAUCUGUUUUGUAAUGAUACAGUUAAAAUUGUUCAAGACAGCCACCCAUUGUUGAGGAAGAAAAUGGUUGUCUUAGGUGGGCGGUUUGAACUGUGUCAUUAUAAUAAAAACAUAAAAGAAAGGACGUAGAAAUUGGUUGUAUGCACAAGUGAUUAUCUUGAGCUGGUUUGAAUGUACAUCUCUUUGCUCUUACAUGCUGAGGAAUGAUUGUGACUCCCAAGUGGAGUCAUUUUAUUGGUUAGCUCUCUCUGCUUUGUUAUUGACGGGAAUUGAUAGAUGAACUAUUAUUUUUAUCUGUAUGUCUACUAGGAUGUUUUAUCCCUUUUAACAUGAGUUGACUCUGACAGACAGCGUUGAAGUAGCCUGCUUCAUGAAUGGUCUAACUUGUGCCAAGGGGGGCCUAAAACAGUGACAAAUCACCAAAUUACACCCAAGAGCAUAGGUCAUCCAAGCUCCUCUAAGAAAUUGAUUAUGUUCUCUCCAGUGGUGACAAUUAAAGCCGAUGGGUUUCAGUUAGUGAGAGAAUCUUCAUGUUGGUUCAGACUGAUAUUUGUCAUCUAUGAUGGCAGAUGGGGAUUCUUACGUAAGACUACUGUGACUGCCUGGGUCUAUAAGACGGCUUCUUGAAGUAUGACCUUUCUCGCAGCACUUACGUCAGAAGAUUUGUGUAUAAUACACCUAGUCUCAAAGGAAAUUUUUUCAUGUUUUCGCAGAGAGAGAUGGCUGGCAGGGGUCGCUGGUCAUUGUACAGGUUUAAUGCCCCUUUUAACACGAAGAUUAUUGGAGAGACGGGAUCUCUGAAUUUGAUGCCCAUCUCCGAUAGGACCAGACAAAGUGGGUGGAGAGCCAUAAAAACUCCCCAAAACAGCGCAAGUUGAAAACCCCUUGUUGGGGAUUUGAACGUCUGUCCGCUUAUUGUAGUCUAGCAUAAUAACAACGCAGCUGACCAUGCUGACAGGUGAAAUGCACAGUGAUAUUAUGUAUGUAUGAUGACAGGCAUAAUGCACAACAGAUGUUACUUAAGUAAUGUGUGGACAUCCAUUUAUGUAACGUGAUAUUUUUAUUAAAAUGUCAAAAUCCAGAAUUUUCCUGAAACUUUGAGGUGACGAUUCUGCCAUUCUUCUGAAAUAUUGUUUCGUCGUGGUUGUAACACAUAUAUUCUUCACAAGUUUGUCAUGUUCUUUCAUAGUCUCAAAAUGUAUUCAAGCCUACUAUUCUUGAAGUCUUUGGUUGUUCGUAGCGUAUAAUUGUCCUUUGUUUAUAAUACUGCUAUCUAAUAUUGUGACAAAAGGAUCUUCAUUUUAUAAUUCUACCCCAGUCUGGUGGAAGCAUCUGCUCACUUGAGAUUGGGUGCAAUCGGAAUAGGCAUAAGCUUGAAGCAGAUGUGGCUUGGUCAUAUCUUAGUGCUAAGCAUAGGCUUGCUUGUGCACUUUUUAGUUGUUAAGGCAUUUUGUUGAGUUUUAAGAUGUCUCUGUAAUUAUCCAUGUAUUUCAAUUUUCAGUUUUGUCCCCAAUGAAUUCUUGACUGGGUUGAACAAUAUUCUUCUGUGUUAAAACUGUUCCCGUGCGAUGACCGAGUGAUGACAUAAUGAGAUACAUAGAGACAAUCUAGUCAUCACAUUCAAAUGUCUGUAUUUUUCAGGCUUCCCGCGUGCACUUUGUUUUUGCUUUGAUAUUGUUUCCCACAUAAACAUGAUGUUUCCCACUAGAUCUAGUCCUAUUGUUUUAUAUGAAUGAUUUAUGAACAUAUCACUUUGACCAGAAUAAUUUACGGAACUUGUCACCUUGAUGUAGAGAUGCUUAAAAGAAUUUUUUUUAAACCUCAGGGUACUUCUUGGCAAGUGUGUCUAGAAUGUGAUGGGUCUGGUUUGUUGGACUGGAUGCUUUUAAGUGGUUUGUUCUAAUUGUUGAUCCUGUCACAUGCAAGCAUCUGCUCGUCAGCCCAGUGCUGUGAAGUGGGAUAGACAGAAUGAGGGAGGGUGUGGGGAAGGAGUGUUUUUGUAUGUGAACCCGUUGAUCCUAUCCCGGUAUGUUCUUUUUGUCUCAUGUGUCAGCUUUAGAAAGUAAUGCCCGACAGGAGCUGGGGGCUUCAUUAUUUUUUACUCUUGUGUUGAGCCCAAGUCAAAAUGUUGUUCUUCUGUGAAGUUUCUCUUUGCAAACUUUGAUGGAAAUGUGGAGAUUUUAAGAAUGGUAGAGAGUUUGGAAAGGUGUUUUUGGGCGGUUUUUGUCAUGCAUUUUGUGUUAUAUAUACGGCCAGUGUUUAUGAGUGUUAUAUAUACGGCCAGUGUUUACGAAAUGUGCAUUACAUUUUAUUUGUUUCCUGUUUUGGCCUCAACUAAUAUUCAAAUUAAUUUUUUAACAGUCUAUUGUAUUCCUGCGGGUAACUUUGACGAACUACGAAGUGAAUAUUAUUAAAUUAAAUUUUGUUGUCUACGCUUUCUAAUGGUAACAUUUUGCAAAUAAUGCUACAGUAUUACCAUUUUUUAUGAACAUAUGAAAAACUUUGCUGAUGUUGAAAAGAAACGUUUUUGAAUUUCUUUCUCUCUGUUUCAGAAAAGAUUCAGCUGGACGGGUUAAAAAAGAAUAUUUUAUGACUCUCAUAAUCAAAAAAGAGUUUAUCAUGUUUUAGUCUUUUCUUUCUUAACUUUGUUGAUGCAUUUUAAAAAUAUGAUUCGCAUAGAACUUAUGGUCAGUGUGCCAUGAUACAGGUCAACGUAAGUCAUCAUGGUUUUGUUGAAAUCUAAAAA